GUCCUGCGGCUCUGUCUGAGCCGUUGCCUCCCUGGCUGCUGCCAAUGCGGCGUCUGAGUAAGUGGCUGGAGCUGCGCAAGAGAAUCUCCCUUCUGCCCUCUGUGCAGAGGAGGAGGGGGGCGGCGGCGGGGGGCUUCUGCCACCCCCUCCCCGGCGGUUUGCUUUGGGAGGGAAGGAGGGGGGAGGCUCCUCCUCGGCGGCGUCCAGCUGAUGCAUUGUUCGGAGAUCGGCGAUGUUUGGAUCCCGGCCGGGGCUGAGGCUGCUUGCUGAUGCGUGGGUGAGAGCGGAGAGAAGCUGGCGGCGGAGUAGGAUCAGUAGCUGUCUUGUGAUGGCCGAGGAGCUGAGAAUCGUGACGAACUGCCAGGCCAGGAGGCUGAAGAGCGGCAACAGCAGAGAGGAGGAAGAGGAUGCAAAGCAAGAGGAGAAUGGGCACGAAGCAAAACGGCUCAAGGCUAGCCAAGAAGAGAGAGAAGAUGGGAAUAAAAAAUACCAGAAGAGGAAGAUCGUGCUGCUGAUGGCGUAUUCGGGGAAAGGCUAUCAUGGAAUGCAGCGCAACAUGGGAAAUUCUCAGUUCAAAACCAUUGAGGAUGACUUGGUGUCGGCCCUCAUUCGGUCAGGUUGCAUCCCGGAAAAUCACGGGGAGGACAUGAAGAAAAUGUCCUUUCAGAGGUGUGCCAGGACAGACAAGGGCGUGUCUGCGGCUGGACAGAUUGUCUCUCUCAAGGUCUGGCUGAUAGAAGAUAUCUUGCGAAAAAUUAACGACUACCUCCCUGCUCAUAUAAGAAUUCUAGGGCUCAAAAGGGUCACGGGAGGAUUCAACUCAAAGAACAAAUGCGACGCCCGGACCUACUCGUACAUGCUGCCGACUUUUGCCUUCGCCCACAAAGACCAUGACCCUCAGGACGAGACGUACCGCCUGAGCCCGGAGACCCUGGAGACCGUCAACAGGCUUCUGGCUUGCUACAAGGGGACUCACAACUUCCACAACUUCACCUCUCAGAAGGGGCCCAAAGACCCCAGCGCCAAACGCUACAUCAUGGAGAUGUACUGCGAGGAGCCCUUUGUGAGGGACGGCGUUGAGCUGGCGGUCGUCAAGGUGAAGGGCCAGAGCUUCAUGAUGCAUCAGAUCCGGAAGAUGAUCGGGCUGGUGAUCGCCAUCGUCAAGGGCUACGCCUCCGAGGCCAUCAUGGAGCGGAGCUGGGGAGAGGAGAAAGUGGACGUCCCCAAAGCGCCGGGCUUGGGUCUGGUUUUGGAGCGGGUCCACUUUGAAAAGUACAACAGGCGGUUUGGGAACGACGGUCUCCACGAGGCCCUGGAGUGGGCCGACGAGGAAGGGACGAUCGCGGCUUUCAAAGAGGAGUUUAUCUACCCCACUAUUGUAAGUACGGAGAAGGAAGAGAAGUCCAUGGUGAGCUGGCUCGAGACCCUCUCCAACCACGACUUCAGUUCCACUGCCUCGAGGACGCAGGUGGACAACCAAGAGCCAAAGAACUGCGACCCCGAAGGCAGCGAUGGAUGCGGAGAUGACUCUGACUGAACGGGAACCCGUUUCGGAGCGCGGUGUGUAGUGGGCUGCCCAGAUCCCAGCCAAUGGUUAGAAGCCUGACCUCUUCCAAGCGGCACUCUUCAGCCGUUUCUUCGAUGAAUGUAACUGGCCAAACCAGGGAAGAAGAGAGAUGUGGGACUAUAAACCGAUUGCCUGGCUCCCACCUCUGUGGGCCGGAGUGUAUGGAGCAUUCCUUCAGACUCCGCAGAAGACUGCUUUUAACGUCAGAUGGAUUAUGUCAUUUUACUACCUUAAAUAUACAGGAGAAAAUUAUUAAGCUGCGUCGGACUGUGAGGGAUACACGUUUUUAUUAUUUCCCCUUUUUAUUUUUCAAGGCCAAAGUCUCACUCUCUGUGGGCGCUGUUUCUUUUCUGACUGGACUUUAUUCCACAAUGAAUAUCAAGUGUUUUUGUUACGGCUUCCCAGACACAAAUCCUCUGCUGGAACCCCAGAUUCUGAGUGUGGGACAGCCAACCUCUUACUUCUACUGACUUAAAUUGUACGAUUACAGGGAUUUUUAAACUCAAUAUUCUCUGUUCUUUUUUUUUUCUAGAAAAAAAAUAAAUAAA